AUGGCAAAAGUACCAGGAUCAGAUAUUAUUGUAUCCACAGCACCUCAUACAAACAAUGAUGAAGGGUCUGCAAAGGACGGCCACGCAGACACGGCUGAGAGCAGUUCUGCCAUUUUCGGCCAUGAGAAGCAGAACGCAUUUUGGCGGCGAUGUGUUGGUGUAAUCUGGGACUCGCUGGAGGGAGAGCCUGAGUAUCGGCACUACGUCCAAAAGCUGGAUCGCAUAUUCUUUGGCAUGAAAGAAGACCUCAAUCUCUAUGGCAAUGAACGAAACUGGCUUGGAACAUGGUUCAGCUUAGGAGUCAUGGUCGGUAGUGUACCAGCUCAAAUGUCGCAGCUUCGCUUUGUUCGACCAUCUAUCUUGAUACCGUCUUGCGAGAUUAUUUGGUCGAUGCUGGUCCUGAGUAUGGGAUUUGCGAAGAAUAUCAAAACGAUGUACGCGCUCCGUUUCUUCAUAGGACUCUUCGAAGCCUGUGCAUUUCCCGGUUAUAUCGCUAUGCUAGGCAGCUGGUACGGUCCUAAGGAACUCACGAAGCGCCUCGCAAUUCUUCUUCAAGUUGAGUCCAUCGCCAGCAUGUUCAGCGGAUACUUGCAAGCAGGACUAUACACGAGUAUGAACGGGCGGCAUGGAAUUGCCGGCUGGAGGUGGCUAUUCAUAAUGGACGCCAUCAUAUCGAUUCCCAUCGCAAUCUGGGGCUUUUUCGGGUUGCCAGACCAGCCUCAUAACACUCGCGCGUUUUACUUCUCAGCAGACCAUAUAAAGUAUGGCAUCGAAAGAAUCGAGAAGUUUGGACGCAGAGAACAGACUAAGCUUUCGCGGAAAGAUCUCAAACGAGUUUACUUCGGCUGGGAGAUCUGGGUCUUUGUCGUCCCCUACACUGUCGUCAAGACCAACUACCUUCCGACAGGUGGCAGCGCUUUGAACAUCGUCUUCUCGUUCAUUUGCGGCGUCAUUGCAGAUGCCACGGGACAAAAUUACUGGAUGAUCGUUGCCAUUCAGUUGCUGAUGAUAUUGUGUAAUAUUAUCUUGUCUGUAUGGGACGUACCCAAAAGCGCACUCAUGUUCUCGUAUUACGUGUCGUACGCUGGAUCGGCAGCGACACCGAUUCUAGUUAGUUGGGCGACUCAACUUACCGCUGGCGACGCGAGUCUGAGACAGCUCGUUGGUGGCUACAGCAAACGUGGUAUCAUAUGCUUGGGUCCUGUGGGUACCAUAUACGGAUAUCAGAUCCUGAUCCUUUUCGGUGGACUAGCAAUCAUUAGUGUGACACUCAUGAAGUACAUGUACUGGCGCAAAGAGAAGAAGCAAGAUGGCGAAGAAGAACCCCAAGACCCAGCGAGUGGCGAUAAGAGCAUCGACAGCAAGGGUGUCUAA